UUUUAGUGAGUCAAAAGAAUAUGUUUUUUAUUCUUUUUCUAGCAGAGAAAGAGAAGAGGAGGAGGAGGAGGAGGAGGAGAAGGUAGUGGUGUAAUAAAUGGGAUUGAGGUGGUGGCAGCAGCGAGUGGUUGCAGUCUCCAUGGCGGCGUUACAGUGGCUCUAAGACCUCGGCUUGAAUAUACUCCGCAAACACGGAGAGAGAGAGAGAGAGAGAGAGAGAGAGAGAGAGAGAGAAGGGAAUUCGAGGGAUCGAAGAAGAGAGAGAAGCGAGGGAGAGGAGUUCAGCUGCAGCGGCUGCGGCUGUGCCUGUGCCCGCCUGUCUCUCUCUCUCAGAGCAGCUAGAGAUCGUUAAAGACAAACAAAAAGCGGACAAGAGUUGCAGAGAAGUAGCAAGAAAACUAGCAUCACAAGAACGAUCCCUCUACUCCUUGAAGGAUACAAGUAAUUUAGUAGAGAAUUAGAUCUAGUGGAUUAGGCAAAGGGUAGAGAAAGAGGAGAGGGGGAUCGAUCGAUCCUCCUAUGGAUUUAAGAGUUCUCGAGGAAGGAGCAUGGCAGGAUUCUCUUUAGGUGGGGGAAGCAGGCAAGGAGGAGGAGAAGAAGGGAUUCCACCUGAGAGCUUAUUCCUCUACGGCAGCGGCAGUGGCGGUGGUGGUGGCAGUAGAACCGAAGAGAUCACCACCUACACAAGAGGCUUCGAGCUAUGGCAGCAGCACCAGCACCAGCACCUCUACACCUCCACCACCGCCGGGCUUCUUUCCUUCUCGGAUGAGCCGCUCCAUGCCGGUGGAACUGUCGGCCCCACGUUAAGCAUGAGAGGCAGCGGUGGCGGCGGAGGGGUGAGCUGCCAGGACUGCGGCAAUCAGGCCAAGAAGGACUGCGUCCACAUGCGGUGCCGGACCUGCUGCAAGAGUCGAGGUUUCCAGUGCCCCACGCACGUCAAGAGCACCUGGGUCCCCGCCGCCAAGCGCCGUGAACGCCAGCAGCAGCUGUCCGCCACCGCCGCCCUUCAGCAUCAGUCUCAGCGCCUCCGAAUCGGUGGAUCGACGACCGCGGCUCUCACCCGAGGAGGUGGAGGUGAUGACAGCGGAGGAGAGCCGUCCAAAAGGGCUAGGGAAAUAGUCAACCGUCGACCCACUGCCAUCACCAGCACUUCAUCAGGAGGCGACGGAACGGAGGCGGUGAGUUUCCCCGCGGAGGUGAGCUCGCCGGCUGUGUUCCGAUGCGUGCGUGUGAGCCCCAUGGACGACGCCGAGGACGAGUUCGCAUACCAGACGGCCGUCAGCAUCGGUGGGCACGUUUUCAGGGGCAUCCUCUACGACCAGGGCCCGGAUGCCCAGUACCCAUUUCACGGUGAUCAACCCUCGUCUUCCACUGCCGCCGCUGCCAUUACCACUGCAGCUGCCUUUGCUACUAACCUCACUGCUGCACCUCCUACUAGCUCAACAGCCGGAUUAUUGGACCCAUCCGCUCUUUAUCCGACUCCGCUGAGCUCCUUCAUGGCGGGUACUCAGUUCUUCCCACACCAUCCGAGACCCUAGAGAGCUCGUGUGCUUCUUUUAGAACUUAGAACAGCUUUAGUGCCUGCCUUACUCUCGUUUCCAGUCCUCUACCUUAGACACUGUAGUGUUGGAGUCAUCUCAUCUUGAUUUCCUUCAAGGCGAUUGAAUCUAACAAAAGUUUCAGCCAUGGCUUAGCUUUUUCCCACUCCUUCCAUUCGGAGCCUUUGUCCCCUUGAGAUUGCCAGCCAUCUAUUGGAGAAGGGCUAGUGUAGGGCCUUACGGGGGGUUUGCCCUUUAGGCCUGCAGGUUAGGAAGUGGACGACCGAAGCAACAUUGAGUUGGUUUGGCAAGUAGUUAGGCAACAGGAAGACCCGCGAGAACAAGCAAGGACGGAUGCCUUCGUUCUUGAUGGCUAGCUUACUCGCCUGUUGCUUUCUUGGAGUCUCUAUCAUAUGUCGAGCUCUCUUUUCCUAAUCUUGCUCGAGUUCAUGUGUCAGCCCCGAGUGCAGUGCAGAAAGUUGCAGGCCACCAUGCAAUGGCAAGGGGAUACGGAAUCCUGCAGACGAAACCUCUCACAUUCUCCUUCAUCGGUCUCUCCUGUCCCCUUCCUUGCUAUGCAUGCAUUACUUCUCUACACGAUGAGGCGCACAACUAAUCUCCGCUCUCCGACUCGGAACCAUGGUUGGAUGCCCUCGUCGCUUUCUCUCUUUGGCCUGACCACAGGGAAGAAUGACAUGAAAGGAUGAUAGCAACAAAGACUUGGAAGAAAGUAAGCUGUCAUUUGUCUCUCAUCCAUCUCACCUUUUGCCAUGAAAACAUAUCAUAUGUUAGCUUCUUGUCUGAAAAAGGUUGUUGUUCAGAGCUUUAUCUAUUCUUUCCUAUUGCAUUGAAGUUGGGAUUUACCUUCCCAAGUCAA